CUUGACGCGGACGGCGGGGUGGAGGGGGUGGAGGCGCUGUUUGCGAGCCAGCUGCAGAUAUCGGAGCAGGUUCUGUCCAGCAUCCUGGCCGGCAAGUCCGCGCUGCUGCAGUGGGCUCCCUGCCUGCCCGCCCUCACGCAUCUGGACAUGCAGCGGGUGGACAUAGGCCCCGCGGAGCUGCGGAGGCUGGCGGGCGGACUGCCGGGGCUGGAGCACCUGGGGGUGGGCGACCUGAACCUGAGUGUGGGGCCGCUGGAGGCCCCCCUGCCCCCCCUCUCCUCCGUGACCAAGCUGGUGUCGCACAGCAUCAGUAACGAGGGCGCACUGCGCGGCACCUUCCCGGCACUGCGGGCACUCAGCUGCGACUCCAGCGAUGGCGGGCUGAGGACCAUUGGGGAGCUGACCGACCUGGUCAACCUCUUCCUGUGGGCCAGUCCCUCCGACGACAUCUCCGACACCGGCCUGGCCGCCCUCUCGUGCCUGCGCAGCCUGCAGACGUUCCGGCUGGAGGGCAGCGGCGAGCUGAGCGACGGCGGGUGGGUGCGCUUCACGGCGGCGCACAGCGGGCUGACCCGGCUGGACCUGGUGAGGUGCCCGCAGCUGACAGACAUCGGUUUCAUCCUUGCCAUCCGGCCGCUGUCCGCCCUGCGCCGCCUCUCCCUGGCCGACCUACCCGGCCUGGGCGCCCCCGCGCUGGCUGCAGUGCUAGCAUGCUGCCCGGGACUGGAGCUGGUGGAGGUGCAGGACUGCCCGGGUGUGACGCUGGCAGCUGUACGGCACCUGCUCGCCUCCGUGAGCCGCCCGGAUCUGGAUAUGGUGUACCGCAAGGGCGGAUCCUCGCGGACCCUGCACGGCAGCUGCAGGAGCUAGGAUGACAGGGGGGGUGGGGCGGAAAAGGACUUCAACGUUUGCAGCGGGUGCUAACGCUCCGUUAUCCGUAGUAGGGACCCAUGGACUGGUGGAAAGAAUGACAGAGCCAAGUAGUGCGAAUUGGCAAGACAAUGAUGGAACGUAUAUGGUUAUCGGAUGAACGAAUGGCCGUUACAUAAGCU